GCAUCAUCUAAAAAAGUCCCCAUCCGUGUUCCGGGAGGAGAGAUGUUUGUUAGCUAGUUAGCAUCGCUGCUGUCUAGCUUCAAAGCUCACAGAAAACGUGUGUCCAUGCCCAGUGAUGGCAGCUGACCAGACAGAACCAGAGGUACCGGAGAACGCAGUGGGCAGGCGUGUGUCGUGUAAUGGGGAGCGGGCCACGGUGCGGUUCGUGGGUGUGGUGCCGCCCACAGCAGGCUUGUGGCUGGGGGUGGAGUGGGACGAGCCAACCAGAGGGAAACAUGAUGGGUGCCAUGAAGGAGUCCAGUACUUCACUUGCAGACACCCUAAAGGUGGUUCCUUCCUGCGUCCGGCCAAGGCCAGCUUCGGGUCGGACUACCUGACGGCGGUGAGGCGCGUGUACCACGUUGACGCUGAGGCCGUGCUCAGCGAGGAGAUCUCCAUCUCCUCCAAAACUCUGGAGUGGGCGGCCAUCAAGGAGCGCAGUUUAGAAAGUCUUCAAACAGUUCUCCUUCAAGGCUGUGAGGUGAACGGGCCUGGAGCAGAUGGAGAGAUCCAGAAGACAACACCGAAUGUGACAUUGUUGGACCUGAGUGCCUCUCUGCUGUGCUGCUGGGACGACAUGGUCGCCAUCAGUCAUCAGCUGGAGCACCUGGAGGCUCUUCAGCUCAGCUUUAACAGACUACGUUUGCCCUCUGACCCCGUGGCCCACUGCCAAGCCUUCUGCAACCUCAAAGUACUCACCCUCAUCAGCUGUGAGCUCACCUGGACCCAGAUCCUGCAGUGUGCCCCCAUGUGGCCGCAGCUGGAGGAGCUUAUCCUGGAGGACAACAACAUCAAGGAGCUGCAGAGGCCUGAGGGUGUCUUGCAGAAGCUCAAAUGUCUCAACUUGUCCAAAAACCCUGUGGACCAGGACAGCCUGAUUAACAUGGCCUCUCUGCUCAGACUGGAGCAGUUGAACAUGGCUGAGACUGGAUUCUCCCACAUUAAGUUCCACGACGCUGCUGCAGGAGGUCAGACGGCCAUGUUUGCAUCACUGAAGAACCUCAACUUGGACCGCAACAACAUCACUGAGUGGCGUGUGAUUGACGAGCUGGCCAAGUUGUCCGCUUUGGUUCAACUUUGUUGUCGUGGCAACCCGCUGGCCAGCAGCGACCGAAACCCUCAAACCGCCAAUCAGAUCAUCAUCGCCAAACUGGGACGACUGGAGGUCCUCAACAACUGCAAGAUCCACUCUCAGGAGAGGAGGGGGGCCGAGUGUGACUACCUAAAGAUGUUUGGCGAGGAAUGGCUGCAGGCGAGGGGGCAGAGUCAGCUCAUCGAGCAGUUCACAUGUCAGCAUCCUCGCUACAUGAGCUUGGUUGACAAAUAUGGCGCUCCAGAAGAAGGCGAAGUGAAGAAGCGACAACCUUUUGCGCUUAAAAAUCAACUGUUAAAGAUCACGUUUAUCUUUGCUGACGACAGUGACAGGAGGCCCGUGGAAAAGAAGCUUCCGGCCUCCAUGGAGGUCCAGAAGGUCAAAGGUCUUCUGUCCAGACUCAUGAAGGUUCCUUCAGCUGACUUGAGACUCAGCUACACCAGCGCCAAGGUUGCUGACAGAGAGUUUGAUAUGGACAGCGACUUGAAGACAUUGCUCUUCUACGCCAUUGACAACGGAGACCACGUCCUGGUGCGCUGGCUCUAAACAUACACACACACACACACAUAUAUGCACGUACCUCACGCAGAGACUGAAAUGUGAACUUUCAUCUCCAACACACAUGUAAAACAAGCUUGAAAGUCAAGUGACCAGAAGAAGAGCAGCUGUUAUGUUGCCAUGGCUACACGUAAGAAGCCUUACAGCACCGCCUGCUGCUGAACAACUUUUUGCAUUUUUUUUUGCCACUCCCCCAAGCUGAUCAAUAUUUGAUAGACUCAAUCAAUGAAAGAAGAUAUAUACAUGAAGUUUGUAGAAUCAUCUCACUAAAAUAAAAAUAAAAGGCCAACACAUACA